AUGAGUGGUCUUGCAAAUGGAGUGUCCAAGGGCGACACGUUCCUCUUCACAUCCGAGUCCGUCGGUGAGGGUCAUCCUGACAAAAUCGCCGAUCAGGUUUCCGAUGCUAUCCUCGAUGCAUGUCUCGCAGUUGACCCUCUGUCGAAAGUGGCCUGCGAGACUGCUACCAAGACUGGCAUGAUCAUGGUGUUUGGUGAGAUUACGAGCAAAGCCCAUCUCGACUACCAGAAGAUUAUCCGUAAUGCCAUCAAGGAGAUCGGAUAUGACAGCUCAGAGAAGGGAUUCGAUUACAAGACCUGCAACGUUCUCGUCGCCAUUGAAGAGCAAUCUCCCGAUAUCGCCCAGGGCUUGCACUACGAUGAGGCCUUGGAAAAGCUGGGAGCCGGUGAUCAGGGCAUCAUGUUUGGUUAUGCUACCGAUGAGACUCCCGAGCUCCUCCCGCUGACCAUUCAACUCGCCCACAAGCUCAACGCUGCCAUGACCACCGCCCGGAAGUCUGGUGAACUCCCCUGGCUCCGACCGGACACCAAGACUCAAGUCACGGUGGAAUAUGCCCAUGAUGGAGGUGCUGUCAAGCCUUUGAGAGUUGAUACCGUUGUCAUCUCGGCCCAACACUCCGAGGACAUUUCCACCGAAGACCUGCGAAAGGAGAUUUUGGAGAAGAUCAUCAAGAAAGUCAUCCCCGCCAAAUACCUCGACGACAAGACCAUUUACCACAUCCAACCAUCCGGAUUGUUUAUCAUCGGCGGUCCCCAGGGCGACGCUGGUCUCACCGGCCGCAAGAUCAUUGUGGAUACUUAUGGCGGCUGGGGUGCUCACGGUGGUGGUGCCUUUUCCGGCAAGGACUAUAGCAAAGUCGAUCGCUCGGCCGCUUAUCUGGCCCGCUGGAUUGCGAAAUCGCUCGUGGCCGCAGGACUCGCUCGUCGUUGCCUAGUCCAACUCUCGUAUGCCAUCGGUGUGGCUGAGCCACUGUCCCUCUUCGUCGAGACUUACGGCACCAGCACCAGAACCAGUGCCGAGCUUGUCGAAAUUAUCAACAAGAACUUCGACCUGAGACCCGGCGUCAUUGUCAAGGAACUCAACCUGACCAACCCCAUUUACUUCAAAACCGCCAAAAACGGUCAUUUCACCGAUCAGACUUUCACCUGGGAACAGCCCAAGCCUCUGACCUUUUAG